GAGAGAGAGAGAGAGGGGCGUUCAAUGUAUAUAUUAAAGCUAAGAAAAUAAAAAUAAAAAAGAGAAACAAAAACUAAAAAAAGGAUCUUCUCUACUCUUUCUCUAAUCUCCAUGCUCUUAGAUUUAUCCUACCUUUGAUUUGCUCGAAACUUUUAGCUCUAAAUCUGCUAAGUUAUGGCAUCAAUGGUUGCAAAGGCAUGUGCUACGCCAUCGGCUCAAUAUACACCGGCUGUGACAGUCAUGGAAAAAGGAAGUAGGAAUAAGAGGAAAUUCAGAGCAGAUCCACCUCUAGCUGCCCCGAAUAAAAUGAUACCUUCUCCUCAGUUUGAGUGCACGAGUUUUGAAUUUUCAGCGGAUAAAUUUGGAAUGAUCCCUAAUCAUGAAUUGUCGAAUGGUUGUGAUAUGUGUAGCCUGAAGCAAGACAGCUCAGAAAGUUUGAAACUUGACCUCGGAUUAUCUUGCAGUGUAGGAUCAUCUGAAGUAGGUCCAAGUGAGCCUAGAGAGGUAGUUGAAACAGCUGAACAGUUCCAUGAUGCUGAUUGGAGUGAUCUUACGGAAGCGCAGCUAGAAGAGCUUGUCUUGAGCAACUUGGAUACAAUUUUCAGAAGUGCAAUUAAGAGAAUAAUGGCCUUUGGUUACAGUGAAGAGAUUGCCACAAAGGCUGUUUUAAGGUCUGGUAUUUGCUAUGGUUGUAAGGACAUUGUAUCAAACAUAGUGGAGAAUACAUUGGUUUUUCUUCGUAGCGGCCAUGACAUUGACUCAUCCGGGGAUCAUUAUUUUGAGGAUUUGCUGCAAAUGGAAAAGUAUGUGUUGGCUGAAUUGGUCUGCGUUUUGCAGGAAGUUAGGCCUUUCUUUAGCACUGGUGAUGCAAUGUGGUGCUUGUUAAUAUGUGAUAUGAAUGUAUCUCAUGCUUGUGCAAUGGAAAGUGAUCCUUUGACUAAUUUGGUUGGUGAUGGGGGUGAAAAUUCCUCUGCUUCUGUGCAGCCUCAUUUGCAAUCCGAGGCCAAGAGUUCUGUAUCCAUCACUAGAAUUCCCUGUAAGCCAAAUCCUUCAUUUGCUUGUGCACAUUGUUCGUCUGAGACUUCCAAUGUCGCUUCUGCUAUUUCUGGGCAUAGCUUUCAGUUGGAGGCAUCCAGUAUGACAGGAGUCCAUCAAAUCAAACCUAAACCUUCAUUUCCUCUGAGUGGAAUUAUCCCAGAGAAAAAUUCUUCAAGUUCUCUGUUUGACACUGUUGAUAAAACCUUUACGGCCACAGGAACACCCAAUCCUCCAACCAUUGAGGAGGAGUUUGUGGGUACUAGAAAGGCAUCUGGCAUCACCAAAAGGGAGUAUAUACUUAGGCAAAAGUCCCUACAUCUGGAGAAACAUUACCGCACUUACGGUUCUAAAGGGGUCUGUAGGAAACUCAAUGGUUUUAGUGGUUUAGUAUUAGAUAAUAAACUUAAGUCCAUGGCAGACUCUGCCGGCAUGAAUUUAAAGAACGCUUCAUUGAAGGUCAAUAAGAUCUCUGUUGCUGGGAGACAAGAUAACGUACACCAUAGUAUCUCAACAAAUAAUGGAUUUUCUUCAACAUCAGUUUUUGGGUCCAAUAAUGGAAAUGGACCUGUUCCAUUACCUAAUACAAAUAUCCCUUAUUCAUCACCACAAGUCAAUACUUCACCUGCAUUGCCUGCUGCUGAUACUGAGCUAUCGCUCUCAUUCCCUGCCAGCAACAUGACCCCAAUGCCUCUUAGUUAUAAUUCUGGGAGCGGUGUUUGUGCCUUUAAUAUGAUUCCUAAUGAAAAAUCUAUUGCUCAAUGGGUUCCUCAAGACAAGAAAGAUGAAAUGAUUCUAAAGUUAGUUCCAAGGGUUCGCGAAUUGCAAAGUCAGCUCCAAGAGUGGACAGAAUGGGCCAAUCAAAAGGUUAUGCAAGCCACUCGUAGACUGAGUAAAGACAAAGCUGAGCUUAAGACGCUUAGGCAAGAAAAAGAAGAAGUGGAGAGGCUGAAGAAAGAGAAGCAGAGUUUGGAGGAAAAUACCAUGAAAAAGCUAGCUGAGAUGGAGAAUGCCUUGUUUAAGGCUAGGGGACAAGUCGAACGAGCUAAUGCUGCUGUCUGUAGGCUUGAAAUUGAGAAGGAUGUACUAAAGAGGGAUAUGGAAGCUGCCAAAUUGCGUGCAGCAGAGUUAGCUGCAAGCUGUCAGGAAGUAUCAAAGAGGGAAAAGAAGGCACUCAUGAAGUUCCAGUCAUGGGAGAAGCAGAAAGCUAUAUUUCAGGAUGAACUGGUAGCUGAAAGACGAAAGCUGAUGGAACUCCAACAACUACUGGAGAAAGCUGAAGAUGUUCAUAACCAGCUCGAGGGUAGAUGGAAGCUGGAAAAGGCGGCCACUGAAGAUUUACUUAGGCAGGCUAGUUCAAUAAGGAAAGAGAGAGAACAAAUUGAAACUUCAGCCAAAUCCAAAGAGGAUACGACCAAAUUAAAAGCUGAAAGUAGUUUACAAAAGUAUAAAGAUGAUAUUGAAAGGCUAGAAAAGGAAAUAUCCCAGCUCAGACUAAAGACCGAUUUUUCAAAGAUAGCUGCUCUUAAAAGAGGCAUAGAUGGAAGCAAAGUGACCGACUUUAGAAAUGCUCCAUUACCAAAGGACACUCAAAUACCUUAUAUCUCCACAUUGGUGACAGAUUUUGAGGAAUAUUCUCAGGAUGGAGGGGUGAAACGAGAACGUGAGUGUGUCAUGUGCUUGUCAGAGGAGAUGUCUGUGGUUUUUCUGCCAUGUGCUCAUCAAGUGGUAUGCACGACAUGCAACGAGCUCCAUGAGAAGCAGGGAAUGAAAGAAUGUCCUUCUUGUAGGAGCCUGAUCCAGCACCGGAUUUGUGUGCGUUAUGCUCGUACUUAGAGUUGCUUCAGAGACUUUAUAAUGAAUAAUGCAUUUGUGUUGCCCUUUUCAAAUGUCUGGACAAUUAUGCUUGCAAUAUGUGACUCUUUUCAAGAAUGAAAAGUAACAGAAAAAAAAUAAGAACAAAAAGAGAAAGAGUGUUUAGUGUGGCCUUUGUAAAUCAUGUCUCUUUUAAAUAAAACUUGAGUUUUCCUUCUUU